ACGGAGAUACUGAGGGGUGCGCGUGAAGUCGUGACCCGUGAUGAUAAGUGAAAAUGGAAAUAUGUAACCCGUGUAUGUCUGACCAGUAAACAGAGUAGGAACCUUAGUGAACGACGAGUGAACUUAUAACGUUGCUACAAUGACUCUGGGACUGUUUAUGAAUACCUACUGCUACUCGUGGUAAAAGCUCGGACAGUCAGCCGGUUUCGUUACUGUGAAGUUUCCUCGUGAGUUAGUUGUGUCGUGUAAGGAGCAGGACAUUGUCUAAACUCCUGGAGAAGUUCACACCGCUGGAAGCAGCGUCUGCAGCGAGGUGCUGUGCCACACGCGUUGUCCAUGCCCGCAGCUCCUGGACGCGGUGCUCGCAGGAGCCAGGAACCUUUUCUCCUUCAUACGUCGUCACGUCUCAUUCGAUGCCUGCUCGGAUUCUUUCUACGCACUCAAGCAUCUCUACUGCUUCAGCAGCGCUGACAUUGGGAUCCUGCAGGCUGCUGUGAUGAGGUCAUUGAGAACGGCUCCUCCUCUUCCUCUGGUCUUUCUGCUCAUGACUGCUGGAGCUUUUGGAGCAGAGGGGAGUGUGAAGUACAACCAACAGGAAAUCUGUGCUUUAAAAGGAUCCACAGUGUUUAUGAACGGAACUUUUACUCACCCAGAAGGUCUCACAGUGACAAAGACUUUCUGGGUCAUAGACCCAAUUCCAGGGGUGGAGCCGACAGAUCUGAGUAAAGACCCAGAUUAUUCAAGCAGAGUCGGGUUUUUAACUGAUGAGCAGAAACGCUUCUCCCUCAAACUGAGUGAUGUGAUGAAGAAGGAUGAACAUUGGUUCUGCUUCAGAAUCAUAACAAAUGAAGAAAAAGCAAGAUGGACAGGUGUUCCUGGAGUUCAGCUCAGAGUUACAGAGCUCCAUGUAGAAGCUCCUGAAGAAGUGACCGAGGGACAAACAGCAGAUCUGACAUGUAAGACCACCUGCAGUCUGACUGACCCAAAAUUCAUCUGGUACAAAAAUGGACGUCCUUUAACCACAAAGACUAUCAAGAACAACCAGCUACACCUGCAGACGGUCAGCAGUGAGGAUACAGGCAGUUAUAGCUGUGCUGUAGGAGGAUCUCAACACCUCAGCUCUACUGCUCACAGCCUCAGAGUCAGAUAUCCUCCAAAGAGGGUCUCAGUGUCCAUCUGUUCCUCUGGUGAAAUAGUGGAGGGCAGUUCAGUGACUCUGACCUGCAGCAGUGAUGGAAACCCACCUGUGAAUAUCUACACCUGGUUUAAAGAAGGUGGAACCUCAUCUGUAGGAUCUGGACACAGUUACAGCAUCAUCAGCAUCACUGCUGACCACACUGGACUGUACUACUGUGUAGCUCAGAAUGACCAUGGAGCUCUGAAUAGAACUGUGAUGGUCACUGUUAAGACAUGUGGUUCAGUGGUUCUGUAUGUGGUUGUUGGAGUCAGUCUCUGUGGAAAUGCAGCUCUGCUCACUGUGGUUUUCUGGAGGAGGGGUAAAAGACAGAAGAGAAACCUGGAAGAGCGAGAUGAUGAGGUGAGCUUCAACAGAUGUCUAGCCAUUCAUAAACACACUAACGCUGACCCUAAAGCUCAGGACGACACAUACUCAGCUCUUCAGCCCUCAGCCAGGUCCUCUGAUGAUGUGUACCACACACUUGCAACUGUUCAGUCCAGCUCUCCUGAUGACCCGUACACAGCUCUGGACCCUCAGUCCAGGUCUCCUGAGUACGACACUCUAGCAGUGAGUUCCAUACAUUAAACUGUGAUCCUCAGUAACAGAGAAGGUGAUAAACCCCAAAUACCGUGGAUUUGAAUGUCUGAGUCUGUAUUAGUUCUUCAUCUACAAAACAUGAUGAUCUCAAAAAAUCCUGUCCUCUGACUGACAGACGUGCUUAGCUGCCUAGAUACAUAAAGCAGGAUCCUCAUAUAGCGAUUGACCUCAGUCACCUGUCCUACACCCCCAGAACUUCUGCUUUCAUAGGAUAUUCAGUCAGGGCAGCACUGGUCAUGCAUGUACAGCCUGACCAGAAGAUGCUGCAUGUCUUCAUAACCUGCUGAAGACUGAUAACAACAGUGGUCAAACCUCCCCUUAUUUGGUAUCUCGUCAACACCUAGUUUAGGGUAUAAAGCCCUCUGUAAGGGUGACCGCCUCAGAGCACACUCUCAUCUCUUCACUCUCUGAUCUGUCACUUUCAUUUCCUAAAUAAAUACUAUCGCUUAUUCAACACUUGUCAUUUGUUCUGCUGUCAGGAUUUCCAUGACAGACACAAAACUACAGAUGUAAUUUUGCAUCUCUAUUGUACUCAUUAUUCUGUGUAGAUUUUUUUUUUUUUUUGUUUUUUCAAUUACAAUAAUUUUUUUCCUUAUGAUACUAUGAUGUCAAAUUUAUAUUAAUGCCUCAUAUUGUAACCACUUUAUUUUACUUUUUAUAAAUAUCUGCUAGAAUGUGAAAAGCUUUUCCUACUUUGUAAAUAUAAUCAUCUCUGGGUGAUUUAGUGCAGAGUGUUUUCUCUAUGUAGAGUAUGAAAUGCUAAGAGCUGAAAUCAUUCUGAUAUAAAUGUUGUGUAUCAGCUCUUAUUCUCAGUAUGUUGAGCUCAGUGUGAGGCUGUUAGUGAUCUGCAUUGUGUUGUCACCACAUUCACAUGCUGGGUGGAGCUCAGCUCUGAAUCUGUUUGUUCACGAUUGUGCAUUUUUGUUUAAUAAAACAUACUAAAAUAUGCAGCCUUGUAAAAA